CUACCUACAACGCAAAGAGAAUUUCAACCAUCUUUCUCUAUCUUUCACUCAAGAGAGAGAGAUUUGAAGAAAUGGGUGUCUCUCAUCUUCCAUCACCAGCUUCCAUUGUAGCAUUUCUACUUGCAUUGAGUGGUUUGUUCUUCUUGCCUGAGCUCGCACAAGCUAAGCAUGCAGGCAUAACAAGGCACUACAAGUUCGAUAUUCGGAUGAAAAAUGUGACACGUCUGUGCAACACGAGGAACAUCCUGACCGUUAACGGACAGUAUCCGGGGCCUAGGAUCAUCGCCCGGGAAGGCGAUCGGGUUGUGGUUAAGGUGGUUAACCAUGUUACGAACAAUGUCACCCUGCAUUGGCAUGGAGUUCGACAGCUUAGGAGUGGAUGGGCAGAUGGGCCCGCGUACGUGACCCAGUGCCCUAUUCAGACUGGUCAGUCCUACGUGUACAACUUCACGAUCGUGGGCCAACGUGGGACUCUCUUCUGGCACGCGCACCUCUCAUGGCUACGUGCGACUCUCUACGGUCCGAUCGUGAUCCUCCCUAAGCGCGGUGUACCUUUCCCAUUCGCCAAGCCGUACAAGUCGGUCCCGAUCAUAUUCGGUGAGUGGUUCAAAGUAGAUCCUGAGGCCAUUAUCUCACAGGCUCUACAGACGGGAGCUGGGCCCAAUGUGUCAGAAGCUUUUACCAUCAACGGUCUUCCAGGACUCCUUUACAACUGCUCAGCUAAAGAUACAUUCAAUCUGAGUGUGGAGGCAGGUAAAACGUAUCUCCUCCGUCUGAUCAACGCUGCACUCAACGAUGAACUCUUCUUCAGCAUCGCCAACCACACCCUCACCAUCGUCGACGUCGAUGCCAUCUACGUUAAGCCCUUUGAAACUGACAUACUCCUCAUCACACCAGGCCAAACCACAAACGUCCUCCUCAAGACCAAACCCCAUUACCCAAACGCCACUUUCUUAAUGUCGGCCCGACCCUACUCUACCGGCCGCGGCGCAAUUGAUAACACCACCACCGUCGGAUUACUCGAAUACCAAAAACCCAAUUCAUCUCAACCAUCGAAUGUUACCAGCAUAAAAAACCUCCCACUCUUCAAGCCAUCCCUUCCAGCUCUAAAUGACACUGCCUUCGCUGCUAAUUACACAGGGAGAUUACGUAGCUUGGCCAAUGUGCAAUUCCCCGCCAACGUCCCUCAGACCGUUGAUAGGCAGUUCUUCUUCACGGUCGGCCUUGGAAGUCAGCCAUGUCCCAAGAACCAAACCUGCCAAGGACCCAACGGUACUAAGUUCUCUGCCUCCAUCAACAACGUCUCCUAUAUCCAGCCAACCACCGCCCUCCUCCAGGCUCAUUUCUUCGGGCAAUCCAAUGGUGUGUAUACCACCAACUUCCCAACUAACCCUCCAUUCCCGUUUAAUUACACGGGUACCCCUCCCAAUAACACGAUGGUGAGUAAUGGAACUAAGGUGGUGGUGCUUACGUUCAAUACAAGCGUCGAGCUGGUGCUGCAGGAUACAAGCAUUCUCGGGGCGGAGAGCCACCCUCUCCAUCUCCAUGGUUUUAAUUUCUUCGUUGUCGGGCAAGGAUUCGGAAACUACAACCCCAACAAGGAUCCCUCUAACUUCAAUCUUGUCGACCCUGUCGAGAGGAACACCGUCGGAGUUCCGGCGGGUGGUUGGGUUGCCCUUCGCUUCCUAGCCGACAAUCCAGGUGUAUGGUUCAUGCACUGCCACCUGGAAGUUCACACAAGCUGGGGUUUGAAGAUGGCGUGGGUUGUCCUGGACGGGAAGCUGCCGAAUCAGAAGUUGCCACCUCCACCGUCCGAUCUCCCUCAGUGUUGAUCUUGAUGAGCUCAGAUCCGCCGUUCGUUUAUGGUUUUAACUUAUUCUUUUUUAGAUCCAAAGUGCCACGUAUGCCAACAUAUCUGAGUAUGCGGCUUUGAUUGUUACAUUGUAGAGGACCCACUCAUUCCCCAUUGAGAAUUUGAUGUUGUAUCUUUGAAUUUUUUUUUUUUUUUUUUUGUGUGUCCCAUUUUGUGCCAAUAAAAAUCGAGUUGAUUUCCCCCAUUUUCUUU